AUGGGAGACGAAAAGGAAGACUCUCAGCCCCAGGAGUCCUUUGUCCCUUUCACCCUGGAAGAAAAUAUCCACCAGCUCAACUCCAUCGACCGGUCCAUUGUCCAGCUGAUGAACCACACUGCCACUGCGCUUGGCGCCCUCACCACUCCAGCAUCCUCCGACAGCAAUCCUUCAGCAUCAGUAGAGUCAACAGCGCAAAAGGACGCAUUCAGGGAAGCCACAGAUACUUUUCUUGAUACGCUCCAUAGUAUCGAUGUACGAAUGAAGCGCCAAAUCCUCGCACUAGAAGAAGCGGGCAUCGUCAAUCUAUCCAGCGGACCUCGGCAGGGUCACAACACCACUGUGAAGCCAUCUUUGAAGCCUAAUGGCAUGGGAGCCAUCGGAAAUCUGGACGUUGGGUGGUUAAACAGUCGGAGUACCAAAGUUGAACGAGAUAUGGAGCUGGAGUUGUGGAGAAGGGCGAGGGAGCUCCUUGAAAAGGACGAGGGGAGUGUCAAGAAGGAGUAA